UUGGGAAUCCAUGGUGCCCAACAUCUUAAAUCAUCGCAAAUAUUCUAGUGUCAUCAGCAGCAUUUUACAAAGUUUGAAUCAUAACAGCAGGCAGACUGACUCCUGAACAUUCUGCGAUCAAGACUGAUUUUCAACUGCUGAACUACUGCGUUGUCUUCAGAUUUAUUUCGGAUUUAAAUCCACAUGAUGGAGGAGCCUCAGGUUACAAAGAAACAAGAGGCAGAACGGAGGCAGCAGGAGGCCCGGGAAGAGCGGCGAGCCCUAAAUGCAGCGGAUCUCCCGGAUCUUCAACCCUUACCCCCGAAAGAUCCCAUAGACCCAGACUUGGAGGCUCUUUGGGAGGCCAGGAGGAUGGAGCCGCUGAGGAUCCACGGGCGCAGCGUGGAGGAGCACAGGGAGAUGUACCGCCGGCUCGUGGAACCAAAGCUGCUCUACCCUUCUGGCCGGCCUCGACCCUAUUCCCUCGAUCUAGGGCGCAGGAUAAAGCAGCGCCUGUGGGUUGCCGUCUCCUACCCGAAAUUCACCGAAUUGGUGGGAGACAAAAAUAUAAUUGACAUCGCGGAGACCUCUGGCAACCCGGGGCUGAAGGAUUACGCCCCCCUGAUCGAGGUGGAUGUGUGGGACGAGCCCCCGGCCACAGAGCCUCCAAGGAAGAGAGCGAGACAUUAGUCCCUGCUCCAUGUAUAUAAUGUAUAUAUGUAAAUAAUUGUAAAUAUAUAUAUAUAAUAUAUAUAUUAUAUAUAGGUUAAAUAUAAGUAAAUAAAUGUAACUAUA